GAGAUGGGUGGAUCACUUGAGCACAGGAGGUUGAGGCUGCAGUGAGCUGAGAUCAUGCCAUUGCACAUUAGCCUGGGCGGCGGGAGUGAGACCGUGUCUCAGGAAAAAAAAAAAAAAAAAGAAAACAAAAAAUGGACCGAGGCUGGGGUGGCAAGGCUGGGCUGGAAUGGAGGCUGAGGCCUGGCCAUGGCAGUGCCCAGGUGCUAGAGGACGUGUAGCAGGAAGCAAGGGCCGCCCUCAGGGAUGGGGGACUGGGUCUGGCAGCUGCUGAGGGGAAGGGCAGGAUGUGUAUGGAGAGCCACGUGGGGCUGCGGUUGGGCCAAGGAUUUUAAGAGCCCUGCUGCUCUCGGUGGCGGGCAGAAGGCCUGGGCCACAGGUGGGGCCUGCUGGGGAGACCAUAGGGGUGGCAGGUAUGGCUGGCCCUGGGCGCACCAGACACCGAUACUCCUCCUCCCUGGCUGCUCCUUCAGCAGGUCUGAGAGUCUGAGUCACCUUCCCCUCACGUGACCCCCACCAGGACGAGGCAGGGAAGUGGCCAUCUUUGGCCCUGACUCAGCCUUGCAGGGAGAAGAGGGGCUGGAGCUGCGGGUGGCCUGCUGAUGGCUCCCCCAACCCCUGCCCACCUGGGUCUGGUGCUGUGUGUGCUUUUGCUGCGUCUGUCCUCCCUUGUGACCAGUUUCUGCUGGACCUGGUUGUCCAGCCAUGAUCUUCUGACCAUCGUGGUUUCUGGACACACAUCUGUUGGACUGAGGAAUUUGUGUUCCUGGCCACAGAACAGUGGCAACCUCUGCCUCAAGCAGUUCCUGGUCUGGCACUCCCCCGGGGAGGCCAGAGAGAACCAAGCCGUCUCCUGAUGCAGAAAGUCAGCCCCGCUGGGCAGUGCUGGCCCAGGAAGUAGGGCCCUACCCAGCGGUGUGCCGACUGUGGAACACUGUCUGCUCAGGCGGGUCUGGCCACAUUCCUGCAGCAUGAUGGUUGGCAGUUAGCUUCCUGGAGCGCGGAGGGGUCCUUCCCUGCCUAACUGACUUGUCUACAGGGCAGCAAGAAGAUGCAUCCGUCCCUUGGAGUGUCCCAGGCACCCCCCCGACACCCCCAGGCGCCCCCCACCCAAGAUCCCCCCAUCCGGGUGACCUGCACGGGUUCCUGUGGGGUCUCCAACAAGGCUAACGACGCAGCGUGGGUAGCGGAGGAGGACUACUUCAACAGUUCCCUGUCGCUGGCGGACAAGGGGAGUCUGCCCGCUGGUGAGCACAGCUUCCCCUUCCAGUUCCUGCUUCCUGCCACAGCACCCACGUCCUUUGAGGGUCCUUUUGGGAAGAUCGUGCACCAGGUGAGGGCCGCCAUCCACACGCCACGGUUUUCCAAGGAUCACAAGUGCAGCCUCGUGUUCUAUAUCUUGAGCCCCCUGAAUCUGAACAGCAUCCCAGACAUUGAGCAACCCAAUGUGGCCUCUGCCACCAAGAAGUUCUCCUACAAGCUGGUGAAGACAGGCAGCGUGGUCCUCACAGCCAGCACUGAUCUCCGCGGCUACGUGGUGGGGCAGGCGCUGCAGCUGCACGCCGACAUUGAGAACCAGUCAGGCAAGGACACCAGCCCUGUGGUGGCCAGUCUGCUGCAGAAAGUGUCCUAUAAGGCCAAGCGCUGGAUCCACGACGUACGGACCAUUGCGGAGGUGGAGGGUGCGGGCGUCAAGGCCUGGCGGCGGGCACAGUGGCAUGAGCAGAUCCUGGUGCCUGCUUUGCCCCAGUCGGCCCUGCCAGGCUGCAGCCUCAUCCACAUCGACUACUACUUACAGGUCUCUCUGAAGGCACCGGAAGCUACUGUGACCCUCCCGGUCUUCAUUGGCAAUAUUGCUGUGAACCAUGCCCCACUGAGCCCCCGGCCAGGUCCAGGGCUGCCUCCCUGGGCCCCACCCCUGGUGGUGCCUUCUGCACCACCCCAGGAGGAGGCCGAGGCUGCGGCUGGCGGCCCCCACUUCUUGGACCCGGUCUCCCUCUCCACCAAGAGCCAUUCGCAGCAGCAGCCCCUGCUGGCCACCUUGGGUUCUGUGCCUGGUGCCCCUGAGCCCUGUCCUCAGGAUGGCAGCCCUGCCUCAUACCCGCUGCGGCCUCCCUUGUGCAUUUCAACAGGUGCCACUGUCCCCUAUUUUGCAGAGGGCUCUGGGGGGCCAGUGCCUACCACCAGCACCUUGAUUCUUCCUCCAGAGUACAGCUCUUGGGGCUACCCCUAUGGUGAGUCAAGGGCCAGGGCUUGGCAGGGAGGGGACGCCAGGAGCCCCAUGCAGACCCUGCUUUCUCCCCACAGAGGCCCCACCGUCCUAUGAGCAGAGCUGCGGCAGCGUGGACCCCAGCCUGACCCCUGAGAGCUGACCCUGUGCUGCCUUCUCCAGGCAGGCCUGGCCUCUGCCCUGGGACUGGGGCGCCCAGGGCCUCGUGCCUUCUCUCUCGGCCUGGCCUGACCCACUCAGGACCUGCCCAGCCUCUGCCAGCUCCUCUGGCAUCUACCCUCUUCUCCCUGGGGCUGGGGUGGGGGUGGCAGGGAGCUGGGACCUGGAGAGACUCCUGUAAAUAAAACGCUGUAUUUGUAGA